GGCUAAUGCAGACUAGCGCCGCUAGCCGACCGAUGAGCUAAGCUCACCAAGCUUUGAUUGGUAAUUGGUGAUUGGUGCCUUCGCCUGAAGAGUCACUUACUGGACAAAGUAAGAUGCUCGAUGGAUGGAUAUCAAGAGCUUUCUCUCCACCUCCCGCCGUCGGGGAGAAGGUCUUGUUUUAAACCCGUCCCCAGACCGGACAAGCACCCUUACCGUACCUGUACGAGUACCCAUACCAUACCCUUUACUGGUCUCUCUGGUAUACCUGCCCGUCCCUCUCAUAAAGUACUCGAGUACUCGAGUAGCUAGCUCUUCCAAAGAGGCUCAGCCCCUUGGACUUUCAUAAUAUCUCGAUAAUUCCCGUUCCCGUUCCCGAGCCAAUUCUGGCACCCCUUCUCUCCUUAAGUCCUCCUUCUCUCUGGCCAAAUCGUCCCUCUCGUCGUCCUGUCUUACAUGUAAGCGCACGAGAAGUACAAGUGCCGACUAGUCUCAUCAACCUUCCACCGAUCCCUCAGAUUUGGUUGCACGAAACCUACACCUACACCGGCUUCGAACCACUAAAAAAAGAUAAUCGCGACACCGACACGGCCAAUACAGGUGCAGUCUGCAGAGGAACCACCGCAAACGCAACUACCUUUCUGCUGAGCAGCUCCAUCGAUUCACCCAGUCAACGCAGGGUCGAAAACUCGCCCUCCCGCCGCCACAAUGGCUGUAGACCCAGAACCAGAGAAAUCGCACACUCAGGGUACAGAUUCGCCUCCCGCAGCUUCAAGCCAUGGCGAUUCCACCGACGAUUGGAUACGGCAAGAGGAAAAGGGGGCAGCGAAAGAAGCGCGGACACCCGAAGAGGAGAAUGCUGCCGUGCGGGCAAAGCUUGAUACCCAUAUCGUGACGGUCGCUCCCAAGGAUCAGGAUGUUUACGCACACCUCCCACCAGCCGAGGCACGGAUAUUGAGAAAGCAGGUCGAAAUCCCGGUCGUCAAGAGCGGGAUAAAAGCGUUGUAUCGGUACGCAACGCUCAACGACUAUUUGAUCAUUGCUGUCAGUGCGAUAUGCGCUAUUGCAGCCGGUGCGGCGCUACCCCUCAUGACAGUGGUCUUCGGAAACUUAGCGGGCGAGUUCAAUGGCUACUUCGCAGGAACCAUCACGCGCGCGGCCUUCAGCAACACCAUCUCCAAUAUGGUCCUGUACUUCGUGUACAUUGGAAUUGCCGAGUUUGUCACCAUCUACAUCUCAACGGUAGGUUUUAUCUAUACCGGAGAACACAUCAGUGGAAAGAUCCGAUGGCAUUAUCUCGAAGCGUGCAUGAGGCAAAAUAUUGGCUUUUUCGACAAACUCGGUUCCGGCGAAAUCACCACGAGAAUCACCGCAGACACAAACUUGGUCCAGGAUGGUAUUUCAGAGAAAGUUGGCUUGACCUUGAAUGCUCUGGCAACCUUCUUCACAGCCUUUGUGAUUGGUUUCAUCAAAUCAUGGAAGUUGACGCUCAUUCUGUCUUCUACCGUACUGGCAAUCACAGUUGUCAUGGGCAGUGGCUCUAGAUUCAUCGUCAAGUACAGUAAACAAUCUCUCGAAUCGUACGCUCUUGGUGGCUCAAUCGCCGAGGAAGUUAUCUCAUCAAUUAGAAAUGCCGUGGCUUUUGGUACCCAGGACAAAUUGGCUCGACAAUAUGAUCGCCAUUUGGCAACGGCCGAGAAAUAUGGAUAUAAGGUGAAGUUUGCACUCGCGAUCAUGGUGGGUGGAAUGUUUAUGUUGAUCUAUCUAAACUAUGGCUUGGCGUUCUGGCAGGGAAGCAGAUUCCUAGUGGUGAACGAAAUUGGCUUAAGCGCGAUUCUGACCAUUUUGAUGUCUAUUAUGAUUGGAGCCUUUGCCCUCGGAAAUGUUGCUCCCAAUGUCCAGGCUUUCACUACAUCUGUUUCAGCAGCCGUCAAGAUUUUCAACACCAUCGAUCGUGUCUCUCCGCUAGAUCCCUCAUCGGAUGCGGGAGAAACCAUUGAAAACGUCCAAGGUACGAUCGAAUUGAAGAACAUCAAACACAUCUACCCAUCUAGACCGGAGGUUGUUGUAAUGCAAGAUGUCAGUCUUCUCAUCCCUGCCGGCAAGAAAACGGCAUUGGUUGGUGCAUCGGGAUCCGGGAAAAGUACGAUUGUUGGUCUUGUUGAACGGUUUUAUGAUCCAGUAGGAGGAAACGUAUAUUUGGAUGGCCGUGAUGUCAGCACGUUGAACCUGCGUUGGUUGAGACAGCAAAUUUCGUUGGUCAGCCAGGAGCCAACUCUUUUCGGCACAACCAUCUACGAAAACAUUCGUCACGGCCUUAUCGGCACAAAAUUUGAACAUGAAAAGCCAGAAAAACAACGGGAACUUGUUAUAGAGGCUGCUAAGAUGGCCAACGCCCAUGAUUUCAUCUCAGGAUUACCAGAGGGGUAUGAAACCAAUGUUGGAGAACGCGGCUUUCUCCUUUCUGGUGGUCAGAAGCAGCGUAUCGCGAUUGCCAGAGCAAUGGUCAGUGAUCCCAAAAUUCUUCUUCUUGAUGAAGCGACAUCUGCCCUUGACACCAAAUCCGAAGGGGUAGUCCAGGCAGCCUUGGAAGUUGCUGCUGCUGGAAGAACCACCAUCACCAUCGCCCACCGUCUCUCGACAAUCAGAGAUGCCGAUAAUAUUGUAGUUAUGACCCAAGGACGCAUUGUAGAACAGGGAACUCAUAAUGAUCUUUUGGCUUUGCAAGGUUCAUACUUCAAUUUGAUUGAGGCCCAAAAAAUCGCCCAGAGUGAGGACUUGAGCUCAGACGAAGCAGGAUCGGAAGCUUUGGACGCCAAAUACGAAGAGCUAGUUCGACAUCAAUCCACCAAGAGCGUUCAAUAUAUUGAGGACCCGGAUGACAAGAACAUUGCCAAAAAGCCAGACCGAACUCAAAGUGCACAAUCUAAAUCAUCUUUGGCUCUCCAGGGAAGAACCACAACAGAAGACAAAGAAGAUUCGUUAUGGACACUAAUCAAACUGAUCGCAUCUUUCAACCAAACUGAGCUGACCUGGAUGUUGGUGGGAUUAUUUUUCUCAAUCAUCUGUGGUGGAGGAAACCCUGUUCAAGCCGUCUUCUUCGCUAAGGAAAUCAUAUCUCUUUCGACCCCUCUAGUAUCACCAAGAACCGGAGCGCCGAUCCCAGGCGCUGUCUCACAAAUACGCUCAGAUGUCAACUUUUGGUCCUUGAUGUAUCUUAUGUUGGCAAUUGUUCAGUUUAUCGCCUUCUGUGGACAGGGUAUCGCAUUUGCAUAUUGUUCCGAGAAACUUAUCCACCGUGUUAGAGACAGAGCUUUUAGGACGAUGCUUCGCCAAGAUAUCGAGUACUUCGAUAGAGAUGAGAAUACUGCUGGUGCUCUCACUUCGUUUUUGAGUACUCAAACAACACAUGUCGCUGGACUUUCCGGUGUAACUCUCGGCACGCUCUUGACAGUUAUUACAACCCUCGUUGCAGCCAUCGCUAUAAGUACUGCCAUUGCCUGGAAGCUUGCCCUGGUUUGCAUUUCCACGAUUCCAGUACUACUCGGGUGCGGAUUUUUCAGAUUCUGGCUUCUAGCUAAAUUUCAACAAAAUGCAAAGAAAGCGUACGAGAACAGUGCGAGUUUUGCCUGUGAAGCGACGAGUGCUAUCCGAACCGUCGCUUCCUUGACGAGGGAGCAGGAUGUUCUCAAACAAUAUGUCGACUCUUUGGAUGCUCAAGCGAAGAAGAGUUUGAGAUCUGUUCUCCAGUCAUCUUUGUUAUAUGCUGCUUCACAGUCAUUGAUGUUUGCUUGUGUGGCUCUUGGAUUUUGGUAAGUAAUUGCGAAAUACACAUCACAAGCGAGUAUACUAAUGAGAGAUAGGUAUGGUGGUAAUCGUAUCGCCGAUUACGAGUACUCCAUGUUCCAGUUUUUCGUCUGCUUCUCAGCUGUUAUCUUUGGCGCCCAGUCCGCUGGUACCAUUUUCUCCUUUGCACGUAAGUUAACUCCGAGUAUAAAGUUAUAUCAGAACGAUUUCUAAUGAUAGAUAGCGGACAUGGGCAAAGCUAAGCAAGCUGCACAAGAGCUCAAAAUUCUCUUUGACCGACAACCGAAAAUCGAUACUUGGUCCACUGACGGAGACCGUCUGGAGCACGCCGAAGGUCAUAUUGAAUUCCGUGAUGUCCACUUCCGAUACCCAACACGCCCGGAGCAACCUGUCUUACGUGGUCUUAACCUUUCUGUUGCCCCUGGCCAAUAUAUCGCCCUUGUCGGAGCUUCUGGAUGCGGAAAGUCUACAACGAUCGCUCUCCUAGAGCGAUUCUACGAUCCUUUAGUCGGAGGAAUUUACCUGGAUGGAAAGGAGAUCUCAAGCUUGCAUAUCAACGACUACCGCUCCCAUAUUGCUCUCGUGUCCCAAGAACCCACAUUGUAUCAAGGUACAAUUCGAGAGAAUGUUCUGUUGGGGGCUGAUCGCCAAGAUGUUCCAGAUUCGGAGAUUGAGCACGCAUGUCGGGAAGCCAAUAUCUACGAUUUCAUCAUGUCUCUUCCAGAUGGAUUUGGAACCGUGGUUGGAUCAAAGGGAUCUAUGCUUUCAGGUGGCCAAAAACAACGUGUGGCUAUUGCGCGGGCUCUGUUACGUGAUCCCAAGGUUCUACUGCUUGACGAAGCCACAUCAGCAUUGGAUUCUGAGUCAGAACACGUUGUUCAAGCUGCGCUCGACAAGGCCGCUAAGGGUCGAACCACAAUCGCCGUCGCUCAUCGUUUGAGUACCAUCCAGAAGGCAGACAUUAUCUAUGUCUUUGACCUGGGAAGAAUCGUCGAGCACGGCACACAUGCCGAGCUCAUGAAGAAGGGAGGAAGAUACUCCGAGUUGGUCAACCUACAGAAUCUCGGGAAGACCGGAUAAGAGACGAUGGUCUUAUUCAAAAAAGAGUAGAUUCUCUUCGACACUUUACAUUUCUCUUCUCUUGUUCAUUUUUUUUCUUAUUCGCUUUACUGUUUUAUUGUUUUUUUUAAUAGUUUUUUUUAUAGAGAUGGAUGCAUGGCGACGGCGUUGGAAGUGUUUCUUGUCUUUCUCUUUCUCUUGAAGGGAAAUGACAUACCCGCAUGCGGGAGAAAUCCUCUUACUUUGAUACCUACAAUACAGUACUUUAAAGUGGUACUUUCUGAUGUAGCUUCUUUUUUCUUCUUUUUUAUAUUUAGAUACAUUGAGCGGAUAUUUUGGGAGCUGGAUUUGAUCGAAUUGAUCGGAUUUCUCUUGUGGUGGACUUUUUUAAAACAAAGGGGAGGCUGGUUGGAAGAGGGAUGCGAAUGGAUACGGAUGUGGAUUUGAAGGUAGAGGGAAAGGGAGGGAGGGAUAUACAUGGUAUUACGAAUAGGUGGUAGAAAAGUAAUAGAG